UUGCAGGUUGUCAGUUCAUUGCCGGCAAACGUGGCUUCAGAGAACACACCUGUUUGAGAAAGAACUGCCGCCUGAGUCGGCUUCCUCCUGCUUUCAAUAUAUAUAUAUAUAAAUUCACUCUAAUCUGGGUGUGGCCGGGAUCCUGAGGAAAUGGGACGUCUGAGAGGUGGUGAGAUCCAGGUGUGGCGCUGAGUUCAGUCCACUGUCUAAAACAGGUUGGCGGUGGGGGGGAGGAGGAGAGGCGACUAAACGGGGAGGAGCAUUUUCGAGGUGCCAAACCCAAAGGUUUGGCUGCCGGUCCCAUUGCCACGAUCCUUGCUUCACUGACGGUGCACAGCUGCUGCGGCUUGUGGGUUUUCGCUGGGGGCUCAAUGGCUCUCUCGCAGCUGCUGUGUCUGGACGAAGGGAAUAUCAACUACCGGACCAAUGAGUCCAAGCCCGAGUUUUACUACAGCGAGGCUCAGAGGCUGGCACUGGAGACCCUCCUGGCCAGCGGGGGCCCAGCCUUUCGCGAAACGGUGGCGAAGGAGAACCUGAGGGAGUUCCUGUCCGAGUUGGACAUCCAGCAGAUCCUGGGCUCGAUGCGGGAUUUCUUACCGGAGGGGCCGAGCACCCAGUGGCAGGAUGAAGAGGGUCAAGAGGAGGGACGAGGAGGAGGAGUAGAGGAAGAGGGAAAAGGAGGAGAGAGCGAGGGAGAGGGGAGAAAAGCAAGCGAGGAACCGGAGAAGAAGCCCCUCUCUCUGCAUUACUGGCCCGACACCUCGGACGUAUCCCGUCCCUGUUUGGAGCUGGGUUGGCCGGAGUCCUCCGCCUACCGCGGGGUGACCCGAGCCACUGUGUACACACAGCCUCCUGUGGCCGGCUCGAUCCACAUCAAGGAGAUGGUCCGCAGGAUGAUCAGCCAAGCGCAAAAGGUAAUCGCUGUCGUAAUGGAUUUAUUUACAGACAUUGAUAUCUUCAAAGACUUACUGGACGCCAGCUUCAAGAGGAAGGUUCCUGUCUACAUCAUCCAUGAUGACGUUAACAUCAAACAUUUCCUGAAGAUGUGUGAGAGUUCAGGAAUGCAUAUGGGGAUGUUGAAAAACCUGCGAGUCUAUUCUGUUGGUGGGACUGAAUUCCAUACACGCUCAGCCAAAACAAUUGUGGGAAGACAGAUGCAAAAGUUUCUACUGAUUGAUGGAGACAGAGCAGUGUGUGGAUCAUACAGUUUUACCUGGACUGCAUCUAGACUUGAUCGCAACAUCAUCACUGUGAUAUCUGGUCAAGCUGUAGAAACAUUUGAUAAUGAAUUCAGAGAACUGCUGCACUUUUCUAGAGCAGUUAAUAUGCGCAAACUGAACUUGGCUCCAGAAGUAGCGGAACCCGAACCUGUUCAGCAGGCACCUGUCCUUACAGCAGAACAAAGUGCUGCCAUUGCCAGGAAGCUUAUAAAUCCCAAAUAUGCUCUUGUGCGGGCAAAUAACCCCAAAAUUGGCUCCGAGUCUUCCGAGAAAAAGCUGGAUUCAAACAAUGACAGCAAGAAUCAGCCAAAUGAUCCAAAUAAGACACAGAAGGCUGCAAUGGUGGCAGACCCCAAUUUGGAAAGGCUUAUAAAUCACCCCGCUCUAUUGGACAUGCCCAGAGUAGACUUGUUUGUUUAUCUCCCUACUUACCCAGAGAUCCCUCAAAACGAAAAGCAAUGGCCAAAUGGUUCCUCAGAAACCAAGGAGAGAAACCUCGCACUUUGUGGAAGUGACACCGUGGAAAUGUUCACCAAAUUAGGGUCAGAUUCCUCCAAUCAAGCAAUGGCUCAACAACACAAGGCAACUUGUAAAAACCCAGAUGUGGCUCAGACAGAAGAUUUAGCUAUGAAGGAGGAUCCAUUUCAAAAUCGCCCUCAAACAGGUGGAAAUAACAGGGACUCGGAAAAUAAACCAGAACUGAAUUUGUCAACCGCAAAAAAAAGAAUGCUAACUCCAAAGGCCAAGCAGAAGCCAAAGGCAAAUGUGGGAAAACUGGACAUGCAACUGACAGGAACUAUUGCAGUAACCUCUACACAGCACAAAGACAACUGGGUGAAUGAAACAUUGCGCAAUAGCACUGAGGCUGCUGAAAGCCAACGGGUGGAUUCAAAUUUGCCAACAUAUAGAGAGCAUGAUGAUGAGCAAGCAGCUAAUGUCUUGGAGAGAGAGGAUGAUCAAGAGAAGGAAGCAUUAACUCCUGCUAUGAACGAAACGGAGGUAGGUACAGAAAGCAACAAAGCAGAACCUGAUGACAAGACACUUCCAGAGGAGGCUGACUCAAUAUGUGUAGAAGACAAUUGUCCAUCGAAUGCUUCGACAAAUUGCACGCCAGACUGGAAUACAGACGACAGUUCUCUCCACGAUCUAUCUGUUGCCUCUUCCGACUCUGAUGACUUCUAUGAUUGUGACUUUGUUGACAGCAACAUCAAAAAAGCAGCAUCUCAGUUUGUGCUAAGUAAGGCUGAUGAUGAAUUUGCAAUCGGAGAAGUGAACAACGUUGUCAGCCGGGGCACCUUUGAGCGUCCUUCAAAUAAUUAUAAGCAACUAUCCCAAUCGAUGAACGAUGUAAGAGAAGGCAAGAGUUCAGGAUCUAAAGAUGUGAACACUUUCUUCCAGGAGAGAGCAGCAAUGAGGCAGAAGGCUUUGGAUAAAUUAAAGGUUACGCUGGCGAUAAAUUAUCAAGAUAAAUUCCAGAGGAACAGAUACGCCAUUCCCACAAAGCCAACAGCCUCCAUGCUGAGGCCGACUGUAGACACUUUGAGUCUUCAUUCCCUCCACAGCGUUUCAAGGAGCCCUGAUUUGAACAAAAGUAGAAGACUGAUGCACAAAUCCUUGGGCCUCCCAGGCUCAAGGAUGCCACACAAAAAUUACCAAAAGGUCAUGCCGUACUUGUCGGUGACUAAAUUGCAUGAACAAUUGCAUGAACAGAAGGGACCGGGCAGCAUAGAUUUCACAGCAGGGCUGAGCAUGGCUGAAUCCAGUAACUGCAGUGGGAUCUCGAUGGAUUCAGAAAAUUUCUUCAAGUAGCACAACUACUCCUUUGGUACCCGCCAUCUCCAAACCGGCACUGCACAGGAACUUACAAGUGAAGCUGCCAUUGACAGAGUUGCACAAAUUUCAGACUCAACCCCAAGAGCAUUGACCAAGUGAUCCACCCUAAACACAGUGAAUUGAGCAAGCAACCUUGGGACUAAAUAAUUAAGCUGCGGACUUUGGGACAGAUUAAAAAGAGAAAAUGAAUGUAAGGUGAAGUAUGUUUACAUUACCUGAUCUGUGCACCAAUACCAGGUUGCCAGUAUGCUCAAUCCAAAGAUCAUGCCGGUCCAUGGGAGAUCUCCAGUUACCGGGUCUCUAAACAGAUGCAUGGCAUCUGCCCUGGGGAGAUGGCAUGUUGUAUUGGGAAUAAUCUUUGUUGGAACUGCCUUGAGGUAAAUACUUUCCAGGUUGUGGUAUCCUCCGAUUUUAUUAAAAGCUACAGGAGUGAUAUAAAUAAGAAUUUUUAAAAUAAAUUAAAAACUAAUACUAUAGUACAGCUGCUAAAAUUAUUUUUUUUUGUCUAUUUUAUCUAUGGAACCUGUGGAUUUAUUUGAGGGUUUGGUGCAUUAGCCCAGUCGAGCUCUAUGUUUUGUAUUCGGAGAUGCUUAUGUGCAAUAAAUCUCUUCUUUCAAAAUGA